AUGCAGCCAAUCACCCUCUACUCGCACCAAUACGGCCCAAACCCCUGGAAGGUGGCUCUCAUCCUCGAGGAACUGAACAUCCCAUACAAAACACAGUUUGUCGACUUUUCCGAAGUCAAAAAAGAUCCCUAUGUCAAACUCAACCCAAAUGGCCGCCUCCCCACCAUCGAUGAUCCCAACACCGGCCUCCAAAUUUGGGAGUCAGGAGCGAUUGUUGAAUAUCUCAGCGAGACGUACGACAAAGACCACCGUAUUAGCUACAACACUUCUUCAGAGCAUUGGCAGUUGAAACAAUGGCUGUUCUUUCAAGUCUCAGGCCAGGCGCCAUACUACGGUCAGGCGUCGUGGUUCAAAAAUUUCCACCCGGAGAAAAUCCAAAGUGCCAUUGAUCGAUACGUCAACGAAAUACACAGAGUUACCGAAGUGCUUGAAUCAGUCUUGAAAACUCGAGAAUGGUUGGUCGGUGACAAGUGUACAUACGCUGAUCUGUCUUUCAUUGCCUGGCAGCGAUGGGCCCCUCGCUAUGGUGGCGAAGAUAUCUACGAGAAGUUCCCUCACGUGGGUGCGUGGAUGGAGAGGAUGAAGACGAGACCCUCGGUCCAAAAAGUCCUCGCCGACCAGGAUCGCGCUAUGGCAGAAGUCGAGAGGAACCAAUGA